AUGGCCAACACUGGCUUUGCUGCCUCCUUUUGGUCGCAGGACUAUGCAGGUGGCCUGGGCGUGCUAUUCGGAAAGCUGCAGCAGGGCGUCCAGGAAAAUCAGCAGAUCCUGACCGUGGCCCGCCUGCGCGCCGAUGCCGAGGAGCUGUACGCGGGCAGCCUGUCAGGCAUUACGCCCGCGACGGAGCGCAUUGCAGGAGGCUUCUCCAGAGACGAGGGCGCCAGCGUGCGAAAGGCUUACGAAGGCGUGCGCACCGAGAUGGAGUCCGCUGCGUCCAACCACAAGAAGAUUGCCUCCAACAUUCGCGAGCUCGUCAUAAACCCCUUUGGUCGCUGGUGCGAGGCGCACGCAGCCCGGGUGCAGAACUCGCAGGACGACCUUCAGUCGCGCAUCAAGAUCCACGACCGACAAGCCGACGCCGUGCGCAAGUUCCGCUCGCAGUACUACAACAAGUGUCGUUUGGUCGAGGAUCUCGAAGAGGAGGACAAGCUGGCUUUCCAAGACCCUCAGAGCGAAGCACUGGCGAGCCCCAAGGCAAGGGUCCCCACGAUCAAGAUGACCGAGCCCGAGGAGAACGAGGAGGAGCCUAUUGACCUGGGCGACGAGACCUACCAGCCCGAGCAGAUCAAGAAGAUCCUGUCGCACAUGCUAGACAACAUCAAGAUCGCCGAAGUCAAGGUCCCCAUCAUUGGAACCUACCAGAACUGCUCUACUGGCGCGGACAUUACCGAUUACAUCCAAAAGCAUCUCGGUGCUACCAGCGUCAGUUACGCGGAAAGGAUCGGUCAGGACAUGGUCACCCACGGCUUCUUGCGUCUUAUUGGUAACGUUGGAAACGCGUUUGCGAACAGCUCCCGCAUGAACUACCAGUGGAAGACAAAGGUCUUCACUCUGACGGGCAUCCCCGAGAAGAAGACGCCUUUGGCACGCACCAGCACCGCCGCGUCCACCAUGUCCAACGACAGCUUCACGGUAGAUUCGCCGGGUGGCGUCGUUCAAGAGUACCUCCAGGGCUGGAACCCGCUGAACAACCAGUACCCCAACGAGACACCGCCAGAGAGGCUGCGACGAGAGGCCCGAGAAUCCGACGAGCGUUACAAGGCCGCUGUCAAGAAGCUGGACUCCUUGCGGUGCAACCUGGAAGAAGCUAUGGUCGACCACCUCAAGUUCAUGGAGCGCUGCGAACUGGACAGGCUAAAGGCCAUCAAGGCUGUCAUCCUCGACUUUUCUGGCGCCAUCAGCAACGUCAUUCCUAGCUUGCAGAGCACCGUGGAUAAGAUGAUGCUGUUCCAAGAGACCGUUCAGCCAUUGGGCGAUCUCCGGUACAUGCUCGAAAACUACCGCACCGGACCGUUCGUACCCAAGGUCACGACGUACGAGAACUACUACAACUCGGUCGACGAGCAAACCUUUGGUGUCGAUCUGGAAGCUCGAGCUCGCUCCGACAAGAAGCGCGUGCCUGUCCUGAUCACCACCAUCCUGACCUUCCUAGACAACCACUACCCUGAUCUCGAAGGUGACGAGGUUCGCCGCGGAAUCUGGCUUGUCGACGUCCCGUUGGCGCAGACGCACAACCUGCGAUCAACUAUCAACACUGGUAAAAGAUUUGAAGAUGAGAUACUGGAAAAGUACGACAUCCCCAUUGUUGCAAGCGUGUUAAAGCUUUACCUCCUGGAGCUACCCGACUCUCUCGUAUCGUCUCACGUUUACGAAAUUAUCAAGACCAUCUACAGUACGACGGCUACAGACGUGGAUGAAGCAACACGAGUUGCAGUUCUUCAGUCUACGCUUGGUCAGCUUCGUCUGGCCAACAUUGCUACUCUUGACGCGAUUUGUACCCAUUUCACCCGCUUGAUCGAGCUAACCUCAGCUGAUGAGACGUACGUUGCCGCAUUGGCGAAUGCACUUGCACCCUGCAUCCUCCGCCCAAGGUUGGAGAACACCCUAACGAUGAACGAGCGCUACAGCUACCGCCUCGUGCGCGACCUCUUUGCUCACAAAGACGCUAUCUUUGGAGAGUUGAAGCGUGCUAGCACCCUGACUCAUUCUGCUUCUGGCUCGCAGCGCCCUCGCGCCAUCUCCACUGAUGAGAGCAACCGACGUGCCAACAUGGAGGAACGUCAGCGCGCAAUUGCCGCUCAACGAUCUCCUCGAGGCGUCUCACCCGGUCCCAGCAACCGAAGCAGCGGUUCCCAUCGCCGCGACCGCAGUCAGACGCGCUUCCCCGUGAACACCAAUUCACCCACCGAAGCACGAAAGGCGCCCACCAACCGUGGCUCGCUGGAAGUGCCUGACCCUGACAGCCCCAGCGCAAGUGCCAGUGCCACCGCGGCUGCUGCUGCUUCUGCGAAUGGCACAACAGAGGAUGAAUCUGAAGCACCAGUGUCUGUGUCUGCAUCCGCACCGGCACGUGCCGCAGAAAUGUACGAACCUACCCCGCUCACGCCUGUUGAGCAUCCUGCCCCUUCAAGCACUCGUGUGCCACUCGCACUUGGCCCGAGGAAGCACGCUGGAAGCUUAGCACGAGGCAACCGAGAUUCCACAGGGAGCCUUAGCAGAGGCGGCAACCGCGACUCGACUGGUAGCCUCAGGAGUCUCGCGAACGCACUCGAAGAAGCACCCCGAGGAGUCACGCUGGAAGACGCAGCACCUCGGGGCGUAACGCUGGAGGACAAGCCCAUGGACGACUAG